AUUAUCAGUGUCAGAUGCUGUUUAACAUGUUGUUUGUUUUCUUUCAGCAUGUGCAAUGAAUUCUCCCAGAUAUUCCAGCUGUGUCAGUUUGUUAUGGAGAAUUCCCAGAAUGCCCCCCUGGUCCAUGCCACCCUGGAGACACUUCUGCGUUUUCUCAACUGGAUUCCUCUGGGAUACAUCUUUGAAACCAAACUGAUCAGCACAUUGGUGUAUAAGUUCUUGAACGUGCCGAUGUUUCGCAACGUGACGUUGAAGUGCCUGACAGAGAUUGCAGGCGUGAGUGUCAGCCAGUACGAGGAGCAGUUUGUUACCCUCUUCACGCUGACCAUGUGUCAGCUCAAACAGAUGCUGCCUCUGAACACCAACAUUCGGCUGGCCUACGCCAACGGGAAAGAUGACGAGCAAAACUUCAUCCAGAACCUCAGUCUGUUCCUGUGUACUUUCCUUAAAGAGCACGGGCAACUCAUUGAGAAGAGGCUCAACCUCAGAGAGACAUUAAUGGAGGCCCUCCACUACAUGCUGCUGGUGUCAGAGGUGGAAGAGACUGAGAUCUUCAAAAUCUGCCUGGAGUAUUGGAAUCACUUGGCCGCUGAGCUCUACAGAGAGAGUCCCUUUUCCACAUCCACGUCCCCUCUGCUGUCUGGCAACCAGCACUUUGAUGUGCCUCCACGGAGACAGCUCUAUCUACCCGUUCUCUCCAAGGUACCUCUUAGAACAAGAUGGUAUUUAUUCAUACCACAUACAUGAUCGCAGAGCCCCAUGAUUGAAGUUGAGUUUAUAAAUGCAGACUCUUCUUUAAGAAGCAUGUCUUACGUUUAUAGUGAAGAUGACACAGAGGUUGCUGAAGUGUUUCCAGUUUGUGGAACCUGAAGCGUCUCAGCUCGCAGUCAUACUAGAAAGACUUGGCUCAGGCCAGCGACAGGUGGCUGCUUCAGAGCCGCCAAAAGAGAUGCUGGUUACAGUGUUACUAAAAAUCAGCAGCUACUAAAGUAAUACAAACAUUUUUUUUCUACUUAAUGAUAUUUUACAUUCCAUAUGUGUGAAAUGUGACUAUAACCAGGAGACAAACCACUUGUAUCGUCCUUUUACAUUUAUGAGAACACAAGCUAAGCUAUAUUUUCCUGUGUGUGUGAAAGGCAGGUGUUUUGAUUUGUG